UCGUUGUUGAUUGUGCACUUACGCCAUGGUGACCACCAAGACUGGGUUUAGUACCACCCCCUACAGCAAGGAGCAAGAAGAGAGAGUUGUCGCCCUUCUGCAUGGAAGGAAGGAAAAGAUGGAGAAAAGGGAGUUAAUCAAGCACGCCAAGAUGCUGGCCCUACUGGAGGAACAAGAGGCAAAGAAGAGGCAGAUGGAGGAGGAGCUGAAGAAGGAGCAGGAGGAAAAGAUGGCGGCUAUCCAAGAGGAGGUGGAGAAAGAAGAAGAAAUAGAAGAAGUAGAGGAGGAAGAGCCAUUGGAGAGAAGGAGAGGGGAAGCGAGCACAAGCAAAGAAAUUGAGAUUGCAAGGAUUGCAGAAGAGUGGGCCGCACAUUUGGAUUUAGAAGUAAAGGUAGAUGCAAUGCACGCCGGGUUCAAAGAUUUUGGGAGUGACAUUAUGAAAUACUUAUUGGCCGAAGUCCACAAUGCAAUUAGUAAGACCCAAGAGUUCUGUAUUGGCGCCAUUGAAGGCGCCAAGUUAGCGACACCUAAGGAAGAGGAGCCAGCCCCACCACGCCGUGAGAAAGUCAAGGUCCGUUUUCCCGAACCCUUCAGUGGAAAGAAGGGUGAGGAUUUCGAUAGUUGGGAGGCCAACGUGCACUCCUACUUGUACUUACAGGGAGUCACGCCUGAGGACCAUGUUUUGGUUGCCUUCCAGGCCCUUCGAGACGAGGCGACUAGCUUUGCUAGGUCGCUAGCCCGCGCUGCGAACUGUGAUAACGAUAUGGUGAUGUAUUCGAGACUGACACCUCUCUUGGAGUUCCUGAAGUCGCUCAGGAAGCGAUUCUCAGAUGUGACGCGGGAGCUCAAAGCCUCUGACAAACUCCAAAUGAUACACACUCGUCAGUGGAAGAGUGUGCACGCCCUCAAGUCGUUCAUGGACGAACUGAUUGCGGUCCCUGGGCACGGAGUAACCGACGCCCAUCUUCUUAACCUCUUCUAUCGCGCCCUCCCUGAGAACAUUCAGGGACAUUUCUUCGAGAAGAAGAACCAGCAGGGCAUGACUUAUGACACUCUUAGUCGGGAGGCAGUUGCAUUUGCCGCCCAAGCGUCGCCAGUUACCACGUUCUGGCACAAAGAUCUGUCAAAGGGAAAAACGUGGAAGGGACGCACCAUCUUGGGCCAAAUCAAGGUCAAAGAUAGUUUAAUUUUGACAAUGGAGGAAGGUGGUGCUGACGAGGUUCCCUACUCCGAGUGGGGACUGGAGGAGGAGAACAACGGUGCAGGCCAGGGGAGAACCUAUGCUGCUGUUGCGGCUGGAGGGAGGCCGCAAGGAGGAGGACAAUGGUCCGGCCGGAAUGGUCGGGCCCCAGGUGGCCGAGAACAGGGCGGCCAGGGGGUUGGCGGCAACGGCAACCGCCAAGAGGGAGGAAGGGGAGGUUCCCCGCCUAACCCUAACUACUACAGGAAGUUCAUGAGGAACUUCUCCACGAUCGUUGCUCCCCUUCGUAGACUUCUGAAGAAAGAGACUAUCUGGAAGUGGGACCAGGAUUGUAUGUCAGCCUUCAAGAAAUUGAAGAAGGCUUUGAUAGAGUACCCUGUCCUCAAAGUUGCUGAUCCAUCAUUAUCAUUCGUUGUUACUACAGACGCGAGUCAGUAUGGCAUAGGUGUCGUUCUACAACAAGAUGACGACAACGGUGAUAGGCCCGUAGAGUUUAUGUCAGCCAGGAUGCCCUCAGAGAAAGUCGCAGCAUCAACAUAUGAAAGAGAACUCUACGCUCUCAGGCAGGCUCUGGAGCACUGGAAACAUUACCUGCUUGGGAGGCACUUCAAGGUUUACUCAGACCACGAGACUCUUAGAUGGCUAAAGACACAGGCCAAGAUGACGCCCAAGUUGACUAGAUGGGCUGCUGAGAUAGACCAGCAUGACUUUGAGUUGAAACCUAUCAAAGGCAAGUAUAACGUGGUAGCUGAUGCGCUAAGUAGUAGAUCUGAUUACUUCGGCGCAAUUGUGCACUACCUAGACAUAAGGGCCGAUCUGCAACAGAAAGUAAGAGAUGCCUAUGCACAGGACCUGAUCUACAGUGAGCUGCUGAAAAGAGUAAGGGAAGCCCCAGAUAGUCAGCCAUACUACCGGACCAUGGACGGGCUACUGUUUGAGAAGACUAAUGUCGCUGACAGACUAUGUGUCCCCAAUAGUGAAGAGAUCCGCAGUCUGGUCUUAGGGGAAUGCCACGAUACAGAAAGACACUUUGGAUGGCAGAAACUUUAGCUAACUUGAUAAUGUCCUAUACGUGGCUAUGAAUGAAAGCAGAUUGCAUAG